CACAUUGUCAUUGAGGCCACAACUAGUCAAAGGCGGGCGCAAAUCGUCCUCCCCCGAUCGAAUCUACCCAACCAGAACCCAACCUUGCCGUCAUGGCCGCCUCCGUCGUAACCCUACUGCUGAUCCUCGCCGCAGUUUCCCCACGCCCCUCCUCCGCGCGCCACGUCGUCACCUUCGCCCCUAGUCGCGGCGUCUCCCCGUCCUCCCUAGCCUGGGACCCCACGGCUCAGCACUUCGUCGUCGCCGGCGGAGGCGACGCCGUCCUGUCCGUCUCCGACGCCGGCGUGACCGAAUCGAUCGCGUCCUCCGGCGCGUCCGCGGUAGCCGUAGACGACCGCCGCCGGCGCCUCCUCGUGGCUUCCGCGGGUUCCUUCUCCGCCUUCGACCUCCGCUCCCCUCGGCCCCAUCGCCUCCUCUUCUCCACCGCGCUCCCCGACCCCGCCGCGCCCGGCGGCAUCGCCGUCGACCCGCAGUCUGGCGUCGCCUUCCUCACCGUGGGCGCGCGCAUCUACACGGUUUCCCCUGACGGCGACCUCGCCACGCUCCCCGCAUCGCCCGUGUACGGCUCCGAGCCCCUUUCCUCCCUCGCCGCACACCUGAGCCGCGGGUUCCUGUUCGUGGGCGUUCCCACCACGGGCCACCUCCUCCGCGUGGACAUGGAGGACGGCAUCGCGAGGAUCGUUUCUGGGCCCUUCACGCCCCACACGCCCGUCGCCGUUGCGGUGCGGAGCGACGGGUUGGUGGCCGUGGGCGGCGCCGCGACUCUGCGGUUGGUCGGGAGCAACGACGGAUGGGUGUCUUGCGCCGAGCACGACGUGGGCUUGCCGGAUGGGGCCGUGGAUGUGGCGGCGCUGGCCGUGAGGGAGCGGAAGCGGGUGUACACGCUGGUGGAGGCGGAGGUUGAGGGGAGGAGGGAAUGGCGAAUCGAAGAGGUGGCGUGGAAGAAGGAAGGGGAGGGGGAGAUGGUUGCGGGGUUCGUCUUGGUCGGCGCCGCCCUCGCCAUCUUCAUGUUCUGGAGGUUCCAGAUGAAGCAGCUCGCCGGCAACAUGAACAAGAAGAUCAGAUAGAAACACAGCAGUCUCCAUGCUUUGUUUUUGGGUAUAGGUACACUUGUGGAUUAGACAUGUUCAUUGUUUUUCAUUGAUUGUGAAUCCCUUAAUCCUUCUUGCCUGGUGGUUCUGCUUGGCAAAUUCUACUACCUUAAGAAUGCGAGGAUGUACUAGCACUGAUUUCUUUUCUUUCAUAUAGGAUCACCAUGUAAUUGAUACUAUGCAGCUAAUUAGAUGGUUUUCAUUACAUCUA